AUGGUUACAUUAGCUUAUGGAAUUUUUGGUUUGUGUUUUCUAGUAUUCUUUAGUAUAGCAAAUGCUAAAUAUUAUCAUUCACCAUUGAAGUAUUUUAAUGUCAAGGAUUAUGGUGCUGUUGAUGAUGACAAGAGAGAUAAUAGUGAGACGUUUUUGCUACAGGCGUUUUUGAGGGCGUGGUACGAUGGUUGUAGAUGGGGAGGAAGGAGUGUGAUUUAUAUUCCAUAUGGAACUUAUAAAUUGAGAGAAGUUUCAUUUGAAGGUCCAUGUAAUGGUAUGAUGAUAUUUGUAAUAAAAGGUGUUUUAAAAGCUCCAACACAUAUAUCAUUGUUUAGUACAAAUACUUGGAUUGGUUUUCGUUACAUAGAUAGGUUAGUUGUUAAAGGUGGUGGCUAUUUGGAUGGACAAGGUGCUGUUGCUUGGCCAUAUAAUGAUUGUUCAAUAAACCCCAAAUGCAUGCCUCUUCCUGUUACAAUGAGAUUUGAUUUCGUGACGAAUUCAAGAAUCCAUCAUUUGAGAUCAAUCAACAGCAAGAACUCCCACAUAAACCUCUUUGCUUGUGAGAACGUAAACAUAAGCUUUGUACGAUUAACAGCUCCAGAUGAAAGCCCCAACACGGAUGGCAUUCACAUAGGAUUAUCAACCAACAUCAAAAUUUCAAGAACCGUCAUUCAGACAGGCGAUGAUUGUAUUGCAAUGGUUACUGGAAGCAAAAACAUCGAUAUCUCCAAUGUUACGUGUGGACCUGGACAUGGAAUCAGCAUUGGUAGUCUAGGUAGAACCCCUGGAGAAGUUGUUACAGGGAUAAACGUCCGAAAUUGCACAUUUAUUGGUUCUCAAAAUGGUGCAAGGAUCAAAACUUGGGCACCUUCUUUGUCUAGUGUUGCUUCUAAUAUAUUUUUUGGUGAUAUCUACAUGGAAAAUGUCCAUAAUCCGAUAUUAAUCGAUCAACAAUACUGUCCAACUCCAUCUUGCAGUGAUCAGCUGGGACAGGACAACUCGAAAGUACAAAUAAGCAACGUGACAUUCAGUAAUAUAUGGGGUACGUCUAGUUCAAAAGUUGCAGUCACAUUAAAAUGUAGCAAACUGGUGCCCUGUAAGAAUGUGCAGCUUGACAAUAUCAACUUGAAAUACCACGGACGAGGAGGACCAGCUACGUCUUCAUGUUUGAACGUGAUUGGUGAUUCGUAUGGAAGACAAUCUCCUCCUAGUUGUUUAUGAUCGAGUUU